AUGAAUCUGUCUUUUGAUAAACCAAUAAGACUUAUUGAUUCUCUUCAGAAUUCAAUAACGUCAAGAAAGCACAUUAGACACAACAAUAUACAAAAAAUUGAAUCAAUUGAAAAAUUGUCAUCACAAACUUCACAAAAAAUCAGUCUAAAUACUUUGCAAGGGCUAAGCAAUAGCAUGAAUAUUAGCUUUAAUUCCUUAAAAACCAAAAUUUCAGUACAUUCUCCCAAGUCUCCUAAUACCCCAAAUAUCACACAUCAGCAUGGGUUCAAUUUUAUGAGAUUUUCAUCAACUCCGUCAUCAAAGACAAGCAAGACUUCUAAAGCAUUUUUAAAAAUCCAGCCAAAGCCAAAUUUGCCUAUUCCUAUUGGAGCAAUCUCUAGCCAAAGCUCACUUAAAGAAUCGACUAGGACAAGGCUGAUUAAUAUGCUAACAGAAACUGAUAGCACAGGCUUGGUUUCAGUAAGGUCUAAAACUGUUUCUAGUCCUAGAAAAAGAAAAACUCACCAAGAAUAUAUUAUUCCUCCAUCUGGGGCAGGGCUGGAUUUGGUUCUAAAACAAAUCAAAGAAAAAGAAAGAGUGCUGAGGCAGGAAAAUGAAUUCUGGGAUAAAAUCAGAGAUUUGACUGUAAAAAUUGAAAAAAAGAUAUAUCCAAAAGAAGAGGAUAAAAAGGAUAUUAGGAUUAAGAAAAUAAAAAAAUCAAAUGAAAAUAGCCCUGAGAGGGUAAUAGAAACUGAGUCAUAUGUGCUGCCAUCAAAAAUUAUUAUUAAGCCGCAACUGGCUUAA